AAUCCACCCAUUCGUACCGUGCCCUAAUAUUUCUACUACCUCUCUGUUUUUCCCUCAUUCCGCAGAUAUUCAGAAUCAUUCUCUAUUUGUAGUUGGUUGCUUUCGUUUCAAUUAUACUCAAACACAGAAACGCAUACCUCGACGUCGUGACAGAGAAUGGGAGUUCCGGCGUUCUACCGGUGGCUAGCGGAGAAGUAUCCGAUGGUUGUGGUGGAUGUAAUUGAAGAAGAGGCUGUUGAAAUUGAAGGUGUUAAGAUUCCUGUUGAUACUUCUAAACCUAAUCCCAAUCAACUUGAAUAUGAUAAUUUGUAUCUCGAUAUGAAUGGAAUUAUUCACCCUUGUUUUCAUCCUGAGGACCGCCCUUCUCCAACCUCCUUCACCGAGGUGUUUCAGUGUAUGUUUGAUUACAUCGAUAGGCUUUUCGUGAUGGUGCGUCCUCGAAAGCUGCUUUACAUGGCUAUCGAUGGUGUUGCCCCAAGGGCAAAAAUGAACCAGCAACGAUCUAGGCGGUUUAGAGCAGCCAAAGAUGCAGCAGAUGCGGCAGCUGAAGAGGAAAGGUUGUGUGAGGAAUUUGAGAAGGAAGGCAGAAAGCUUCCCCCAAAACAGGAGUCUCAAGUCUGUGAUUCUAAUGUUAUAACUCCUGGAACUGAGUUUAUGGCAGUUUUGUCAGUUGCUCUACAGUAUUAUAUCCAUCUUAGAAUUAACAAUGACCCUGGAUGGAAAUCUGUGAAGGUAAUACUUUCUGAUGCAAAUGUUCCUGGUGAAGGGGAACACAAAAUUAUGUCCUACAUUCGACUGCAGAGAAACCUUCCUGGUUUUGAUCCAAAUACACGGCACUGCCUGUAUGGUUUGGAAAUGCACUCAGCCAAAAUUGCAGCUGAAAACAAAGCCGAUGAAUUGUGGGUACUUCAUGAUAAGGAACUACGAAUAAGGCACAAAAGAGAUUGGUUAUACGAAAGACUCGUGGAAUCUAACAAUCUUACAGCAUGAAGACGAUCCAGCAAGUAUUCAGAAAAUUAAAGAGAAAGAAAGAGAAAAUUAGAACUUUAGAAAUAUGGGUAGAAGCCCUGAUGGACAUAUAUCAAAGAGAUCUUAGCAACUUUGAGUCAGAUGAAGAACAAAUGAAUUUUCUCCUUUAUGGACUUAGAGAAGAAAUGACAUUAAUCUACAAACGACACAGAGCAAGAGAAAUGGAAAAAAUUUUACUACAUCAAAGUAACCUCACUGGAUGAUGCAGCAAUGAUGCAAGAAUGAUGCAGGCAAUCACUAAGAUGACAUAAGCAAUGACAUCAUCAAGAAAAUUCUGGACACCAAUAAUGGAAGACAAUCAUGGACUACAAUAAUGCAAAGCAAUAAUAGAGCUGCAUGAUUAAAUUCAUGAUGUAAGCAAUGAUGUAAUAUAGUUUGUCUCUUUUAGUGUACAACUACUAUAAAUAGAUGUGUGUAACUUAGUUGAAGGGCAGAUCGAAAACCAUAACCCUUCAAAACCACUCUCAACCCCUCUUGUAAAAUAAACACCCUUGUAUUGUAAAAGUUUUGAAGAUCAAUAA